AUCUGCCUCUUUCCUUCACGUCUUUCUCUCAUCCUCCUUUUGUCGUGAGAACUGCAUCCCGACAUCUAUCUGUCAGCCAUGGACCCCAACUGUGACUGCGUGAGCGGUGGUUCUUGCACCUGUGCAGGCUCCUGCAAGUGUAAAUCCUGCCGCUGCACCUCCUGCAAGAAAAGCUGCUGCUCCUGCUGCCCAGUGGGGUGUGCCAAGUGUGCCCAGGGCUGUGUCUGCAAAGCCCCCCAGACUGAGAGUUGCAGCUGCUGCCACUGAUGGUCCUGUCACCCAUGACUAUAAAUAGAGGAAUUUGUACAAACCUGACUUUUCAUACACUUUGACCACAUUUUUCUAUAAAUGUGUGAUUCAAUCAACAGGCAUUUAUUAACUACUUAGUAUGCCAAUAAACUCUCUGAAGCCUC